GGAAGUCCGGAAAGCGAUCAAUGUUAGCUGGGGGGGAGUGGUGGUGACGAUUUCUUUACUACAUCAGUGUCUGCUUCAUUGAAUGAGGUUUAACAGAAAAGUCGCGUCUGUUUUGGUCCCAAAAAUUAUUUUAAACACUACGCAAACGUUUAACUGUAUUAAAGAAGUACAUUUGCACUAAACUGCAGUUUAACGGCGACGAGCUGGCGCAGGUCGUGGGGUGCCCGUGGACCAUGAGGGACAGUGGUAGCAGCCUAGCACAGAACUGUUGGCAGGGGCAGCUGGGCCUAGCUGUGGGCCAGGAGGACAGUGGGGAUGGAGGUGGUGGUAUAGCAAUCUCCGGGGGUCACCUGGAGAUGGACCCCACCUCAACCCACCAGAUUCCCAGCCCCAUGCCCCUAAAGCUGGGCCAGAAUGAAAGGGUAGCCUGGGAGGCCGAGGAGAUGGAGGGGGAAAAUGAUGAGGAAGAUUUUGAAGAUGAGGGCUGGGAUGAUGAUGAUGAGGAGGAAGGACAGACGGCUGAAGAGGAAGGAGAGGAGGCUGAGGUCGUAUGGGAGGUCCCACACAUGGUCCCCACCACAUCCCUACAAGAGCAGAAUCAUCAUCAUCAUCAUCACCAGCUGCAAUCACCACUGGAUGAUCAUGACAACGACCAGGCCGAACCUGAAGCCAGGGACUUUCCCAGUGUCCCUAUCCAGUCCAGGCUCAACGGGCUCAGGCAGCGCAGGCUGAGGCGCUGGAGGAAGCUCCACUCUCAUGAAGGUCUACGGCUCCGUCUCACCCAGCAUUGGAAGACCUGGCGUCACCGGGCACAGUGGGUGGGCACCCUGGGGCACAGGAGGGCGAGGAGUUGGCGUCAGUAUAGUUUGUAUUCCAACCGCCAGAGGAGGGGAGUGGACCCGGGUCUGAGCAGCCCACUGUCAGAUGACGAGCGGCUCGAUGGGUCUGAAAGAGACAACCGGUUGAAUGGUUACUCAGGAGACUACCAGUCCAGUCAGAUGGGUGGUCUGGUGGAGAGUGGAAGAAAGGAACCAGAGGCCUCAUCGUACUCCAUCGUCAGAGAGAAACCUGUGGAGGUCACUCUCACUGAGGAACACAUGAGAUGUGUGCAUGGGAUCCUAGAUGACUCCCUCCAGAAGUACGGCAGUCUGAUCCCCAUCCACGCUGACGACGUGGUGGAGAAAUUAAAAGACAUCUUCAACGACAACUUCUCUCAGCCUCACAGGAAACUAGUGGUCCAACACCUAAUCCAGUCCUACCAGAGGUCGUCCGGCACGGCCAUGGUGCGAGGGUUCCGUGUCAACUACAAGCGUCAUGUCCUCACCAUGGAUGACUUAAGCACGUUGUAUGGACAGAAUUGGCUCAAUGACCAAGUCAUGAACAUGUAUGGUGACCUUGUGAUGGACUCGGUGUCCGAGAAGGUUCACUUCUUCAACAGUUUCUUCUACGACAAGUUGAGGACGAAAGGCUACGAUGGAGUCAAACGAUGGACAAAGAAUGUGGACAUCUUCAAGAAGGAUCUCCUCCUGAUCCCUAUCCACCUGGAGGUCCACUGGUCCCUGGUCAGCGUAGACAUCCCCCGUAGGGCAAUCACCUACUUCGACUCCCAACGCACUCUCAACCGACGCUGCCCAAAGCAUAUUGCAAAGUAUCUGCAGGCGGAGGCUGUCAAGAAAGACCAGAGAGAUUUCCUUACAGGGUGGAAAGGCUAUUUCAAAAUGAAUGUGGGCCGUCAGAACAAUGACAGUGACUGUGGGGCGUUUGUUCUUCAGUACUGCAAGACUCUAGCCCUGGGUCAGCCGUUCAGCUUCGGCCAGCAGGACAUGCCCAAACUGAGGAGACUCAUGUACAAAGAACUCUGUCACUGCAAGCUCUCGCUGUGACACCACGCCCUUUGAGGAUUUUUAACAAUGAAGUGGGGGAUUCUGAGGAAGCGAGGGAUGGUUAUAAUGACCUAUUCUAAACUAGCUAGUGACUGAAAGAAAGGAAACAACUUUUCAAAGGAAACAUUUUUUUCCUCUUGACGACAUUGAUAUCCAGAGACUUUACAACUACAAGUGGACCUUUUAUCUUUUCGACCCCCGUUAUCUGUCCCCUCUUUUUUUUUUUUUUUUUUCCUUCUCCCAUGACCCUAGUUUUUAAUUUUGAUGUUUGUUACCUUGUGAUUGACAGAGGCCAAGUCUUCGAUUAUAUCCCAAAAGGCACAGUAUUUCCAUAUGUAGUGCACUACUUUUGAUCAUGGGCCCUGGACAAAUGCAGUACACUAUAUAGGUAAUAGGGUUCUAUUUCGGAUGCAAACCAAGUCUACUAUACUCUGGUGGUGAAAUGGACUUAUCACCUUACUGGUGCAGGAACCCCCCAAGCGGACAAGAGAGAAUAACAACCAAUCUUCACUUAUUUUCUGUUUAAAAAAAAUCUUUGUCAGUAAAAAACAUGUUGCUAUGCUUAUUGUACAUUGCGUUUUUUGGAGGGCAGUGAUGUUUUUUAUUUUGAUUUAAAAUAAAAACAAGAUCUUACAAUGUCCUGUUGGAGUCAUUGGUUGGACCAUGUUGGCUAUAAACAACCGUGAUUCCCAAAUGGCAUUCUAUGCCUUUUAUAGUACACUACUUUGACCAUAAGAUUCUGGUCAAAAAUAGUGCACUAUAUAAGGAAUGGGGUGACAUUUGGCACGCAUUUAUGGUAUUACAUUUUCCCCUCUAACUAAAAGAGACAUUGUUGAUGGGUAUGUUUUGUUUUUAUAUUGUUUUUCGAGCAGACGUUUGAUGGAACAUAAUUGAUUGUUUUUAUACCUUUUUUUAAAAAGCAUUUAUGGUUUAUGGUCAGAAUAAACAAGUACAUGGCAAGGAACAGAAA